GCAUACGUUCUCUUCCUCAUACAACUUCUUACUUGGUCCUGGAUAUCCGAAAAGUUUCAAUAAUCGAAUGGCCGUCGUUCUCUUCUACAGUCUAUUGUGUCUGCCUCUUCUGUUGGCGUUGGAGCUUCUACCGUUGAUUGGGAGUCCUUGGAGCUGGUAUGCGAUUACCAUCAUGUUGAUCGGAUUUCCCUACAUUGAUUCUAUCAUGGGUAAGUUUCACGAACUUCCACAUCGGGGACAAUGUUCGAGGCUGACAAACGGCUUGUAGUGAGUCUUACAUCGCGAAACGCUAGGUCAGUUUGAACGAAGACUGUGGGCAGUGCAUUGUACAACAUGAUCUGACAGGCCAGCUGUUUCAUAUCUUCCAAUGUAAAUUGCCCGCCUGAUAGAGCUAGAUGAGAGAUUGCUGUCACUUAGAU